AUGGAUUUCAGUAUUGAUGCGUCUAGUAGUGUUGAAAGCAGUGACUCGAAUUCGAGUAGGAGUGACAUUGAUAAUGAAUUGGUGUUGGAUGAGGAACAAAAGAAGGUUUUAGAGUUGGAAGAAUUGAAAGAGCAGUUGUUGUUGAAGAGAAGGAAUCUUGUUAGCCAAAUCGAUGGUUUGAAGGCUACUGUCAAUGCCGAGAAGAAGAAGAAAUUGAUUCAAGGUCGAAAUUUAGAUUCAAAUUCAAAUGAGUUAUUACUGAGUCUGAUGUUGACUUCCAAUAGGUUUAAUACGAGUAUCGGUGAUGAGAGGAAAGAUCCAAUUCAGAAGAUUGAUGGGUUGUCUUCGAUACAGAAGGAAUUGUUACACAAGUUCGACACUUUGCCGUUAUUGAACGUCGAUCUAAGGUUGAAGUAUUUGGAAGACUAUUUAUUUACAAACGUGGAUGUUCAGGUUAUCUCCAAUGAGUUAGCAAAUGACGAUAUUGUACAUUCUACAAUUGUUUUCUUCUUUAAAUUAUCUGAUUUAUCAAUAACACUCACUUUGAAAUAUGAUCAAGUAUUAGGUAUUUUGGAAGAAUUUGAGAUAGUAUCAAUUUCAGAUAAUUAUGCUUUAAAUAUAAUGCCAAUUGUAAAGAGUUGCACUAAUAAUCCAAACUUAUUUCUAUUUUUUUGCUUUGAAUAUGAUAAACUCAUUGGAAAACGUAAUACUAUAAUGAAUGAAGUUCUAACUGCUAUUAAAAAUAGGUUAAUGAAAUAUGAGAUGCUUAAUGAUAAUGAAACGCUAGUCUUAUAUAACCAAGUAUUGCAAGAUGAUGGAGAGUUAGCAAUUAUUAAACUGGAACUUAAUUAUCUAAUAGCUUUCAACGAUACAGAUUCUAAUUUCAGGUUACCAUCAACAAAAAUUGAACAAAGUUUAUGGAAAGAUGAUCAACUAAUAACGAAUAAUAAUGAUAUAAUGAACUCUCUAAUGAAGGAAUAUGGUGUCUUCGAAGGGUUAAAAGAGUACUGUAAAUCGUGUCUGUUCCCAAUUACUUAG